UUUAUUUUUCAACACUGUGUCAAUAAGAAAAAAACUAGCUGGAAAGAGAAAAACUGUAAUACUUGAUGGCAAUAUAACUUAUGAUUAGCCAAUUACCAACAGCGAUUGCUUAUCAACUACAAGUACAUAUUUGACUGUACGUGCAGCGAACGUUCAUAGUGCAAGAAGUGUGGGCAUGAAAAUGAAAGCCACUACCCAAAAAUUGGCAAAGCUUCGGGAGCUGAUGCAAUGUGCAAGUACGCCGGAAGUAACUGGAAUCAGCGCCUAUGUGGUUCCAUCUGAUGAUGCACACCAGAGCGAAUAUCAGUGUGCGCACGAUGAGAGACGCGCAUUUAUAAGCGGCUUUACUGGGUCGGCCGGCACUGCAGUUAUAACGAAUGACAAUGCGUUGUUGUGGACAGACGGUCGGUAUUAUCAGCAGGCGGAGAAGGAGCUCGAUGCGAAUUGGACAUUGGUUAAGGAUGGACUGGCAGCCACGCCAUCGAUUGGCACUUGGUUGGGCAAGAAUUUGCCCAAAGGCAGUGCCGUUGGCGUUGAUCCACGCCUAUUUUCGCUACGCGCAGCGAAAACAAUUGAGAAGGAUCUGAAUGCAUCUGAUUGCAGCUUAGUGGGCAUCGAACAAAAUCUAAUCGAUCAGGUUUGGACUGAAGAUCGACCACCGCGACCCUCCAACGUUUUGAUAACAUUGAAAUUGAACUUUGCCGGCGAGACAAUUGCCAAGAAGUGGGAACGCACUCGGCAGCAAAUGAAGCAACAUAAUACGAAUGCUUUAAUCGUUAGUGCUCUGGAUGAGAUUGCCUGGUUCCUAAAUAUGCGCGGCUCGGAUAUUGCAUACAAUCCUGUAUUCUUUGCAUUUAUGAUCGUAACACACGAUGAUAUUGUUUUGUUUAUCGAUUCGUCAAAACUUCCAGUCAACUUUGAAGAUCAUCUUCAGGAAAAUGGUAUCAAAAUAUCAAUACGUCCCUAUGAAUCGAUUGGCGAUGGAGUUCGUCAAGUGACUUCCGAUGUCAACGAUAAGGUAUGGAUAUCGCCCACGAGCAGUUUGUAUUUAAAUUGCCUAGUACCGAAGUCAUCACGACAUCAAGAUAUCACACCAAUUGCUUUACUCAAAGCGAUUAAAAACGAUCAGGAAAUCGAGGGCUUUGUGAAUAGCCACAUACGAGAUGGCGUCGCUUUGUGCCAGUAUUUCGCUUGGCUGGAGUCAGCUGUGGAACGAGGUGAGGCAGUUGAUGAAAUAUCUGGUGCGGAGAAGUUGGAAGCAUUUCGUAAAACUAAGGACCACUACAUGGGCCUCAGCUUUACAACGAUAAGCUCGUCAGGGCCAAAUGGUUCGGUUAUCCACUAUCAUCCAGCGCAGGAGACAAAUCGCCCCAUCAACGACAAGGAAGUCUAUCUAUGUGAUUCAGGUGCUCAAUAUUUAGAUGGCACAACUGAUGUGACCAGAACUUUUCAUUUUGGCAAUCCCACCGAAUUGCAAAAGGAAACUUAUACUCGUGUUCUUAAGGGUCAACUAACAAUCGGAUCGACAGUAUUUCCAUCAAAGACAAAGGGGCAAGUUUUGGAUGUGCUGGCCAGAAAAUCUCUCUGGGAUAUAGGUCUAGACUAUGGCCAUGGCACUGGGCAUGGCAUUGGACAUUUCUUGAACGUUCACGAAGGUCCGAUGGGCGUUGGCUUUCGCCCAAUGCCCGAUGAUCCUGGACUACAACCAAAUAUGUUCAUUUCGAAUGAACCCGGAUUCUAUAAAGAUGGAGAAUUUGGCAUACGCAUCGAGGACAUUGUCCAAAUUGUGCCGGCACAAUCAAAAUAUAAUUUUUCAAAUCGUGGCGCUCUUACGUUCAAAACCAUCACAAUGUGCCCGAAGCAGACGAAAAUGGUUAUCAAGGAAAUGUUAACCAAAGAUGAAAUUAAACAGCUUAACGAUUAUCAUAAGUUGGUUUGGGAAACGCUUUCUCCACUUUUAUCCGAUGACUCUUUCACCUUGGCUUGGCUUAAAAAAGAAACCAAUGCCAUAUGAAUAAUGUUAACUAACCCUGUGUUUUUCAUC